AUGACCGAGCUAGAGUAUCAACCUAAAAAGGUUAUUGAUGUCCAUUCUUCAAACAGCCACUGUAUUUCAUCUCAAGCUAUUUUAUAUGAGCACAAUCAUAAUGAAGACAAAGCUGACAUAAUAAAAGUGGAAAAUAAAGAUGAAGAAAAAGCUGGCAUAAUAAAAGUGGAAAAUGAAGAUGAAGAAAAAGCUGGCAUAAUAAAAGUGGAAAAUGAAGAUGCUGAAAAUUCUGACAUAACAAAAGUGCCAUAUAAAGGUAUUUAUUUAAAAAUACAUAAUGUAAUUUUACCCCAACCCCCUUAA